AUGAAAUAUAUGUUGAUAUUUUGUCUUCUUUUACAGAGAAAAUACAAAUUUGAUGCAAAAAUCAUGAAAGAAGUUAAUGCAGCAGCAAUGAAUCAUUGUUUAGAUGAAGUACCAAAUUUACCUGCUUUAAAUAUUUCUUAUGAUGGACGAGUGGAGUGGAAUCCAACUAAAUCAAUGGAUGCUACAAUUCAUCAAUUUCGUUCCGCUGUGCUUAGCGCAAAUGUCAGAAUUAUUAAGCAAAUUCUUAAAGAUUUGCAUAAUCUUGCACCUGGUCAAAUUGAGCGAUUAAUUGCAUUACUCAUUAAUCGAACAUCAGUUGAACCUACCAAAGAAGCAUUGAUGACAGCAAUUUGUAUUGGAAGUCGACCAUUGGUUGAAUUUAUUUUAUCACUUUUUAUGGAAUAUCCCGGUGAAGAACGUAACGGUUGUCGGAAAUCGAAAUCAUUUCCAGUGCACAUGACCCCACUAAUGCUUGCCUGUAUAUGUAAUAACUUUGCCAUCGUUCAAUGUUUACUUCUCAGGAAGCAUUAUAUGCAGUUACCACAUCGACCUGAUUGUCAUUGUGAUGAAUGUUUACGAAGCGCACAUUGCAUGGAAAAUAGUAUAAUUCUAUUGGAUACCUAUCGUGCAAUUAGUAGUGAAUCAUUCCUAUGGCUUGCAUGCACUGAUCCGCUGCUUGCUGCAUUCAAUCUUGCAGUUGAUUUGCAAGUAUGCGAGGAAAUGGAAAAGGAACACAAAGUGGCAUAUAGGAAUUUACGUCACAAUGUGAUGACAUUUGCGGUCAAAAUUGCUGAGCAAUGCUGGACAACAGAAGAAAUUCACGUGCUACUAUCACGUAAAGUUGGAUCACCUUUGGCUGAUUGCGAAUUACGCUUUCCACGUAUUCAAUUGGCUCUUAAGGCACAUAUGAAACCGUUUCUAUCUUUAUUGGGUAUUCAAGCAACAAUAGAAGGCCACUGGCAUGGAAUGUGGACAGAUAGUGGAAAAUUUAAAUGUCAAGAUUUGAGUCGCAAAUUCCGACAUUUUAUCUGCUAUCCAAUUUUAGCAUUACUUCAUGCAAUUAGCGCUGGAAGUUAUAUUGAAACUUUUAAAUAUCCAUUAGCACGAUAUAUGAGUAGAUUAGCAAGUUACAUAUUAUUUCUUACCAUUUUAAUUUUUAUUCGAUAUUUUGGAAGAACUGGCGAGCAAUCAUCUGAGCGAUCACUUGUUAAUAGCAAUUUACGAUUAAUAUUAGAGAGCUAUGUAUAUUUAUAUGUUUAUGGUAUGGCUGUUAUACAUUAUAUCGAAUUUGCUAGCAAAGGUUUUAUGACAUUUUACAAUGUUUGGUGGCGAUGGUUUGAUCUUAUUUUAAUAUGGCUAUUCUCAGGAUCAUUUUUUUGUUUUAUUAUGACAGCAGCUACCAUUCAUCAAGAUGGUUUGAAACAAUUACAUCGAAGACAUUGGGUGUAUUAUGAUUUUUCAAUAAUUUAUGAUAUUUAUUUUGGUACAGCUUCUAUUAUGGCUUUAUGGAGACUUUUGUAUUACUUUCAACUACAGCGUAAUAUUGGCUCAACUGUUGUAAGUACUAUGAGAAAAAAUUUUAUAAAAAAGUUAGAGUUAAUUUAUUCGAAUCUAUUUUACAAAAUUUAUUUUAAAUUGUAA